AUUGAAGCCCACUUUGAUGCCGCUGCUCACACCGCCGGCACCCCGUACCUCAACCUCAUGCGCCAGCUGGCUCAAGCUAAAUUUCCCCCCAUGCCCAAGACCUGGGCUUGGCGCACGGGUUGGACGCGUUAUGCCCCUGGCGUGCCCCCAGAGGCUGUGGCUGCACCAAGCGGUGAUGCCCUCGUUUUUGAUGUUGAAACGUGUGUGCCCGAUGGCGAGUUUCCAACUUUGGCCGUUGCCGCAACCUCUGAUGCUUGGUACAGUUGGUGCUCCCCGCGCCUGAUCGAGGGCAAUGACCAACCCCAUACCCUGAUCCCCCUCACCCCGCCGGAUCAAGACCCCGGCUGUCCCCGUGUCGUGGUCGGACACUACGUUAGCUACGACCGUGCGCGCGUGCUCGAGGAAUAUCAACUGGACAACGAUGGCACACGCUGGGUCGAUACGGCCUCCCUCCACGUUGCGACCGGAGGAUUCAGCUCUCAACAAGCCAUCGAGUGGCAGAAAUACCGUAAGCCAAGCGUAUCCUUCCAACAUAACCUCGCUGCUUACCUGGAUGACGACAACCUCUCUCACGCACCUCGCUGGGUGCAUGAAUCCAGCCCACUCUCACUCGUCGAUGUCUAUCGGCACACGGUUGACCCCAAGGGCCACGUCGAUGCAAAAGAGCUCUCCAAGGAAACGCGAAACAUUUUUGGCUCACUUGAUGAUGUUCGAGACGCGUUCCAAGAAGUCACGACAUAUUGCGCGCGUGAUGUACUUGCAACUCUGGCCAUCUACCAAAAGAUUUUGCCCAAGUUUUUGGCGCACACCGGACACCUAGCCACUUUGGUGGGCAUGCUGGAGAUGAGCAAGAUGUACCUACCCGUCAAUGCCAGCUGGCAGCACUAUCUCGACGAAUCCGAGCGGGUUUACAUUGAGAAGAUGCGCCUCACGCGGCAACAUCUGGUGGAGCUGGCCGAGCAAGCAAGCCAACUGGUAAAGUCUUCGGGCAAGUGGCUGGAGGAUCCCUGGCUGCGGCACCUGGACUGGACGUUUCAGCCCCAGAAAUACACCAAGCAGGGCCUUCCAUACAAGCGCCAGAAGCUGCCGGGGAAGCCCCAAUGGUACAAAGCGUGUUGGGAGGGCAGCAAUGACAAAGGGGGCUUGGAAAUUGCCCCUGGCAAACGCAUUGCACCCCUCCUGCUUCGCUUACAAUGGCGAGAUCAGGCUCUCAAUGAAUCCUAUCCGCUUUAUUUCCACCCCGUUCAUAAAUGGGGCUACCUCGUUCCCAAGGGGUCGCACCAUGCCCCCUCUGAUAAGCGCUAUGGCCCGUAUGAGUGGGAAGCACCCAACGAUGCGACACACCUGACGCACAACUACUUUAAGCUACCCAAUUCGCGAGGCCCGGAUAGCACAUGCGGCAACCCUUUUGGCAAGGACUACCUCAAGUUUAUGAAGAAUGGCUUGCUGGUAUCAGAUGACCCGCAGGCGCGAGAAGCUUUGGACAACACCUUAGCAUGCUCAUAUUGGGUCUCUGUGCGAGUCCGUGCCAACAAGCAACUUGUCGUUAUGGAUGAUCGGAGAGAACGGGAGCGCUUUCUGACUCUGAAUGGCCGGAGCACACCAAAGCAACUCGACAGCGAUGAACCCAUUGGUGCCAUCAUACCCAUGGUCUUACCUUUUGGGACUGUGACCCGGCGCGCCGUCGAGAAGACGUGGAUGACCGCCUCAAACCCAAAGCCUCAGCGCAUCGGCAGUGAGCUCAAAGCGAUGAUCCAAGCCCCCCCAGGCUACAAGCUGGUUGGCGCAGAUGUGGAUAGUCAGGAGCUUUGGAUCGCUUCAGUUAUCGGCGACCAGCGCUUGGGCCGCGAACAUGGCGCCACUGCCAUGGGAUGGAUGACUCUGCAAGGAACCAAGAAUGACGGCACGGACAUGCACAGCAUGACAGCCAAGAUUCUCGGCAUCAAUCGUGAUGAGGCCAAAAUAUUCAACUAUGGCCGCAUCUACGGUGCUGGCAAGGCCUUUGCAGCAUCGCUGCUUCAAAAGUUUAAUCCAACAAUCACCGAGCGCGAAGCGCAAGCCAAGGCCGAGGAACUCUAUUUGGAGACCAAGGGCAAGCGUAUCGCGGGUGCUCGAGGUGGCUACUUUGAUGGCUCUGAAAGUCACAUGUUUACCAGUCUUGAGGACAUUGCUACUGCGGCAACACCACGAACCCCGGUCCUGGGUUUUCAAAUCACGGACGGGCUACUCCCUCGCAACUUCAUGCACCGUUUUCUUUGUGUCUCAAUGUCACAGUAUAUGACAUCGCGCGUCAACUGGGUGGUCCAAUCUUCGGCCGUGGACUUUUUGCACCUGAUGAUCACUUCCAUGGAUCACUUUAUUCGAACCUACGGGCUGCGCGCGCGACUAUGCAUCACUAUUCACGACGAAAUUCGCUACAUUGUAGCUGAUGAGGACAUUGCCCGUGUGGCCUAUGCGCUCCACUUGACCAACUUGUACGUGCGGAGCAUGUUUGCAGCACGCUUGGGCAUGUAUGAUUUGCCUCAGAGCGUCGCCUUUUUCUCGGCCGUGGAUGUGGACACGGUCAUGCGCAAGGAGGUCGACCUAACCUGCGUCACGCCCUCUCAUCCCGACGUUAUCCCGCCAGGCUAUCGCUUGGACAUACAU